AUUUUGAAAAAACACACCAGGAUCUUACCGUGGUCAGCUUGACACUCCUGACUCAAGUAGUGUGGGAGAAAAGUUUCCUGCUUUGGCUGAUCACCGGAGAACGGAGAUACUGUGCGGUUGUAUUAGACAUGUCAACCAGGUCGGACCGAGACACCAAUGGCCACGGGUACCAGGACAAGAUCUCUGCAGACGGCCAGCAGCCCCGGGAGGUGGCGGAGAAGUCAAACCGACACAGCAGAAUGGCUCUGCCUAUGCUAUUGGAUGUGGUCAGGGGUCCUGAGCGUCUUCCUGCAGACGAGAAGUCACAGGAAAUGCUGAGAGGGAAACUGCGUGUUCUGCAAGCUGACAGCACCGAGGUCAAUGCUCUAUUCAAGGAGUUGUCCACUCAUCUCAUCUCCAUCAACAGUGAAGAAAAAGCUAUUUUUGUUACAUUCAAAACAUUUGAGGAAAUAUGGAAGUUCACCACAUAUUACCUGAUAGGUUUCUUGGGUCGGUGUAUGGAGAAUCUGUUGUUUGACCAGAAGUUUUGGCUCAGUUCUUUGGAAGAGGACAUAGCUAUUGAUGUUUCCAUUCAGGAGGACACUCUCAAUUUUAUCUACAAAGACAUCCUCAUGCAGGAAGGCUCAUUAUUUGCUAGUUGUAGUAUCAACCAGAUGUUUGACAGCUCCACCUCUGGAGGUGACCUCUACCUGGAGCAGGGAGACAUAGCCCAGUUUGAGCCUCCCUUCCUGGGCUCAGGGUGGACUGUCCUCUGCCUGGCUGAUGGAUCCCGUGGCACUGCACCCAAGCCUGCUCUUGAGCCAGUCAUCCCUUUUCAUCAAUGGUUUCUCAAAUCUGGUGCAGAGAGCAUUUUAGUUGGUGAUGGGAAACCUGCCUGUGACUUCCCUGUGCAGUUUGCCAGAGGAACCUGUGUGGCCACAGUGGAGUAUGAUGCUGAGGGCCCGGAUGAGCUAAGCAUGGCACCUGCUGAUCGCAUCAUCAUUGUGGGACUUCUGGUGUCUUGUUUUGAUUGGUUCACAGGGAGGAAGGAGUCAACAGGAGAAGUAGGUCUGGUAAAGACAAGCCUGGUGAAACCAUCUGCUGACAUUUACAACUCAACAGAUAUUUUUUUGGAUGGAGACAACAGGACUUUCUUCAGUCAGCAAGAGGACAAAGUCAUAAAGGAAACGAUUGCCUUGUUGAAGAAGAAAUCUUACAAUGAUACUGGUGAUAACUACAAAUUGGAUGUGAUUAAUUACCAGUACAUUGACAAGAAAACAUCAUUCAGCUCGUCAAGCGAAGUUGAUAUUCAGCAGUCUGAACUGAAAAGACAUAUUCAGAGGAUUCUUGAUCAGAGAGAUCAUUCAGAUCCCAUUGUGACUAUGAACAGGACCCCAGAGGAUUUGGUCCUGGCUAUAGAGGCAAAGAACCCAACCCCUCCCUGUUUCACAGUCCACCCAGUUGUAGAAGGAAACAACAGCACUGAGAAGUUCAUCCCCCUCUUUUCUUUUUUGAAGGAACAAGACUAUAAAGUAGAGUUUGGCGCCCUGUACCGACUGAGUUCUGAACUCCUUGUCUCCUCAGCCUUCACUGGUCACUCUGAUGAGGAUGAGCUGAUUGCUUUCCUGGGUGUUGCUAGGGAAACAGCCAGGAAAAAGCAACUCUUUUGGUCACAGACUCGUUUGUGCUUCCUGUUGGGUAAGCUCUGUGCUGGAAGGUCAAAAUUCAGCCAGGCCCGGGUUUAUUUUGAGGAAGCCCUCAGCGUGCCACGAGAAGGCUUCACCGACCUCAGGUUGUUGGCCAGCAUCUACUCCAACCUGGCUGCCAUUUAUCUUUUGCAGAAAAAUAUAGAAAAUUUCUUUGCUCUGACAGAGCGACUUGUUGCUUUGCUACUAGGAAUCCCAGAUUGCCUGGAAAUCUUAGAGGACAACUCUGCUCUCAAAUACAUCCUCAGGAAAGCUGUUCUCUGUCACAACAAAAUGGCAGAGGCCUGGGCUUGUCACCUAUUGGCGAAGCACCACUGGAUUCAUGCUGAAGGGGCUCAGGUUGUUCCUUAUCUUGAGAGACUACUUGUUCUGUCUGCUGAAGCUCAAAUACCAUGGAGCUUCUCUCCCAGUCAUGGAUACUUGACCCUGGCAAAACUCUACAGCGAACUCCAGCUUCCCCACCUCAGUGUCAGUUCAGCAAGGAGAGCUUCUCUGCAGCCCUCUGCUACCCUGACUGACUGCCUUAGCAGUAUGGUUCUAGUUUGGGACAGUGUCAACAAACUGGAUGGGAUCACAGAACAAGAAGCCUCCAUCCCAUCUCAAGUGGCUUUAUAUUUACACCAAGCCCUCUCUUCUAUCAGAGUCCGUGGAGAAGAAUUUGACCAAUACCAUAUUUUGAGUCAUCAUCUCACUGUUUGUCUCUGCCAACUGUUUUACAAGCACAGAAUGGUUGAACACGCAAUCCGCCAUAUGCUUACUCUCAUCAACAAUCCGCCUUCACAGCACCUAUCCGUUUCUGUCGCAGAGAGAAACAGUGCCUUAAUCUGGCUGGCAUGGCUUCACAUUGAUAACAAUCAACCAGAUGUUGCUUUGGAUAUUCUGGACUCCGUGUUAGCUUCCAUGCCAGAGCACUGCACUACUCCUCAGGAAGGUGUGGUCCUCAAUAUGCGUGGUGUGGCACUUCGAUGCAUGGGCGACCUCCGGAGGGCAGCGGAGAGCUACCAGUCUGCUGUUGACAUUUGCCAAGAGUACGAGGACAUGCCAAACUGGGCUGUAGCUCAGGCUAACCAAGGGCUGCUAUGUCUGAAAGCUGGAGCUAAUGGACUAGCACAGGGACACCUGACCGAGGCUGUGCAGCUCUUCUCUGAGCUGGAUGAAGAAGGUCACGAGGAGAACUUUAUCACAGUGCUGCUGGAGCUGGGACAGCACUAUGUGAAGCAGCACCAGUUGGAAUACGGGAAAGGAUGCUAUGAAUGGGCUCUGCUGCUGUCUAUAAAUGCCAACCUGAUAGAUUGUCAGCUCACUGCAACCAGACACCUGUGCAAUCUGUAUGGGUGUGAGUGUCCAGAUCAGGCCCAGUGUAUCAUCUACAGCCAGCAUCAGGUCCAGCUGCUGAGACACACAGGAGACAAAAGACAGGAGGGAGAUGCAAUGGAAGCCAUCAGCCAGCUCUACCUUACUCUACGCACAGAAAGGGCAUACCGGGCAGCUCUCGACUACACCAAGAGCAGUUUGGGUAUUUUCAUCGAUCUGGGCUGCAAGGAGAAAGAGGCAUAUGGCUGGCUGCAUGCGGGGAAGAUCUACCACCUGCUAGGCCAGACUGAACUGGUGGACCUUUAUGUUCAGGUAGCUCAGGACAUCGCUCUGAGUACAGGAGAUACCAUGUUCACCCUGAAGCUUCUGGAAGCUGCAGGAGAUAUUUUCUUCAACAGCUGCCAGGACCAGCACAAGGCUGUCACCUUCUACAAGGACCGUGCACUGCCUAUUGCAGGGAAGAGCAGCAGUGUUCAUACCAAGCUGAGGUUGUGUAAUAAACUGACUGAACUGAUGCUCAGUCUCAAGUUGUAUGGGGAAGCUGUGGAGUUUGCUCAGACUGCACUGGACAUCAGUAUCACUCUAGGUGAGCGUCUGAAUGAACGAGUGGCUUAUCACCGCCUGGCUUCUCUGUACCACUGUCUAGACCAGUAUGAACUGGCUGAACACUAUUACCUGAAGGCCCUGUCCCUCUGUCCAACACCUCUUGUGUUUGAUGAGGAAACACUGUACUAUGUCAGGGUGUACCAGACACUUGGGGACAUCAUAUUCUAUGACCUCAAGGACCCAUUUGAUGCUGCAGGCUACUACCACCUGGCUCUCGCUGCAGCCAUGGAUCUGGGCAACAAGAGGUCUCAGUUGCAUCUGUGUACCCGCCUCGCCACUAUCUACCACAAUUUCCUAGUAGACCGGGAGCUCUCUCUCUUCUUUUAUCAGAAGGCAAGAAGAUUUGCUGCAGAGCUGAAUGUGAGGAGGAUUAAUAUCUCACCGGAUCAGCAUUAUAGCAGCCCCUCACAGUCCAAGAUUGCCAGACAAUAGGAAAGACACUUUGGAAAAAAAAAAAAUGUGAAGUGGAAAAAAAACACUUGGCAGCUGAAUGAAUGUUCUUUUUUGGUAGAGUGAACUUGUUUCAUGAGGAGCCUUACAUUAAGACUGUAGCACAAAUUCAACUGACUCCAAAGCCCAUUUUAAAGAUUUCACUUGGACAGUGUCUAAUCACCUACUGCAUUAUUAAACUUUAAGUGUCAGAAAUCAAGAUUCAACUCUAUUGUUUGCUCAGGUCUCAAAGUGAAACCUUCUCGUAGUUGUAGGUUAUUGUUUUUUUUCUGGGGCACAUGUGGUAAGGUCGUGAUUUUUUUUUGUUUUGAUUUAUACUUAGCAUGUAUCACUAUAUGCACAUGUAUAAAAAGUACACAAAAUUGCUGUAUUAAUAUUACUUACCCAUCAUUAGAUCUAACUAAUGUAAAAAAAAGGAAUAAAGAAAAAGAAAUAAGGGGUAAAAAUGCAGAUUUUAAGGAGACAGGAGACAAUGCUGUUUUGUACUUCUACCUUUGACUAUCCAUUAGACAAAGCAACAGCUUGUGGAAAUACAUAAGACAAUUUGACUUAAUCAAUAAAAAUAUUUUCACAUUUAAA